AAAAUAUGCUUCAAUAGAAAGUGCGAAGAGUUUAGUCCGAAGUCGUGGUUCCCAUGCGAUGCGAAGAAGCGAUUCGAAUCAUGUGAUUGUUUCGGUCAUCACUUGAUCUCCACUUCUUGUGUCCAUCGGUUGGUGUGUUAUUGCGAUGAAGACAUGGUUUGUGGCCGUGUUUUGGACUUUUCUUCGCAACCCGUCUCUUGGGAACCGUUCUCCAACGGUUUGCGUUCCACAAGACCUCACUUUUCUGCUCUUCCGCUUCUUCGCAAUCGGAUCCAAUUGAGAGACAUUAAUGGCGGACUUUUCUUCGCAACCCGUCUCUUGGGAACCGUUCUCCAACGGUUUGCGUUCCACAAGACCUCACUUUUCUGCUCUUCCGCUUCUUCGCAAUCGGAUCCAAUUGAGAGUGUAAUUACCGCCGGUUGUACAGCAGUUGGUAACAUUCCUUACGACGCGACGGAAGAGAAGUUGAAGGAUAUCUUCUCAGAAGUGGGACCCGUUUUGAGCUUCAAAUUGGUUUACGACAGAGAGUCGGGGAAACCAAAGGGCUAUGGGUUUUGCGAAUACAAAGAUCAAGAGACGGCUCUCUCGGCGAUGAGGAAUCUCAACCAAUACGAACUCAACGGACGUAACCUUCGAGUGGAUAACGCGACGAAUGAACGCCUCAAAGAAGAGAUGCGAAAUCUGCAGAUCUCGUUGAAGCCCUUACGGGCCGGAAGUGGAAACGAACUCAACGGACGUAACCUUCGAGUGGAUAACGCGACGAAUGAACGCCUCAAAGAAGAGAUGCGAAAUCUGCAGAUCUCGUUGAGUGGGACGGCGUAUGAGAGCCCUUACGGGCCGGAAGUGGACCCCGAGAAGGCGCCCGAAGCCAUCAGCAAAGCGGUGGCCAGUCUUCCACCGGAACAGAUGUAUGAAUUGGCCAAACAGAUGAAGCAAUGCAUUCAAACCAAUCCAUCCGAAGCGAGAAACAUGUUGAUACAGAACCCGCAGUUGGCCUACGCUUUGCUGCAGGCGUUGGUUGUGAUGCGUGUAGUGGACGCACAGGUGGCCGUCUCCAUACUCCACAGACCCAACACUAAUCAACCGCAACCACUUGUGCCGCACGCGGCGCCCAUUCAGCAAAUCAUUCCUCCACAGCAACCCAUCUUUGAGCCGAGAGACCAAUACCCGCCUCAACAACGACCGGGUCCUCUGCCACCCCUAAUGCCUCAACAACAACAACAACCCUUUGAUAACCGAAUGCAUGAUCCGCGACACGACCCCCGUCUCAGAGACGGGCCAUCGUUCGAUCGUUUCGCCGGCCAAUCGGCACAAAUGGCUCCCGCGGUUCCGCCGCAGAAUUUAGACCCCAGAACUCGACCAAUAGAUCCCAGAAUUCAGUCCCAAAUGCCGCCACAAAACGUUCGCGGAGUGGCCGGCAAUCCACCAAUUGGUAUGAAUCGGGGCGCCGGAGGGCAACCCUUUGCCGGCCCUAACAUCCAACUGCUGACUCAAUCGAGUGGUCCGAUGAGUGUGAAUCAGGAACAGGAAAAGGCACAGCUUAUUAUGCAAGUGUUGGCCCUCUCUGACCAUCAAAUAGCAAUGUUGCCAUCGGAACAAAGGGAUAGCAUUCUUAUGCUGAAGCAACAGAUCCAAAGGGGAAGCGCUAAU